CCUCCCACCUCUUCCUCCAAUUUAGAUUAAAAAAGGAAGAAAAACACAACCUUUGUAAAAACACGCAUAGUCAAUCGAAACAACUUCCUCCACUGGUCAAAUCCAAAAAAUGUAGCUUCACCUGGAAUCCCGGUUGCUCACUUCAUUAUUCAGUUUUUAAGCCUUUCAAAGUUGUUUGCUGUUACUACAUAAAUUCCUCUCCUGGUUCUGCUCACUUCAUUCUGAACCAGUUCAUAUAAGUCUUCCCAUGUUGCUCUGAAUCUCUUUUUAUACCAGAUACUUUGAGGAGAGAGGCGUACUGACCAUUAAAGGAAAGGUCUCCCGCGGAACACGGUCCCUUGGAGGAAGGCAGAGAUGCCAAGAGGCAGCCUUGAGGAGGGAAUGUGUAGUUCAGGAACGGAGGAAACCCUGUGCCAAGGUAAACAGUUCUAAGACAAGCAAAAAUUCAAGGAAGCUAUAAGUAGGUCAGCUUGGUUGGAUUCCAGAGCGUGAGAUUCCCCGCUGUCGGGGCAUUUUGCAAAACGCCUCCUAAACUAACCAGCGUAAGGCAUUGUAGGGAGAGCGUGGAUGGCCCAGAGAACACAUCACAGCCUGUGGUCUCUCUUUAGCCGCAUCCCAGGUGGCAGAGAGAGGUACUUGAAGUCAAGAGUUUAAACUCCGAUAUUAACCUUCCCCAGGCUCAGUUUCCUCUCUUUAAAUGGUUGCAUUCCCUGCGCUUACGCCACAGGGUUGUUGGGAGGUUCCGAUGAGAUAAAACGCUUUGCAAAGCUUAACACGCUCUCUGAAUGCUAGCCACGGCAGCGGUGCUCAGCCCGUAGCGUCCUUACGCGUGGUCCACCCCGUUCCGAGGAUGCCAGCUUCUGCAGAGCAGGGCUGUUUUGCUUUGCUUUUUGUGUCUCCAGCUUAGUACUUGGUACUAAGUUGCGCGGAGAAAGCACUUAAUAAUGGACUUCAUUCAUCCUUCCAUCCAUUCUCCCCAGGCACUUAUCCAUCCAUCUAUCCUUCCCUUUCUCCCACCUCUCCAUCCAUGCACCCACACAUCCCUCCUUCUAUCCAUUUACCCAUCCAUCUCUCCAAUCAUUCCUCCAUCCAUCCCUUCCCUCCCAACGGUUCCUUUCUCCCCCGGCCAGGGAGGCGCCCGACGCUGCACCGGAGGGGGAGGGGGAGGGAGAGGAGGGAGCGCGCACACGCUUCAUUCUCUCUCGGUCCUUUUCUCUUCCAGCCCCAGGUGGGGCUGCCGAGCGCUGAUUGGCUGCCCUCGGACUACAGGCGCGCCUCCUGCGGUUCUCGCGGUCGCGGAUUGGCCGAGGCUGGCUGCGCGCGCCCAGGACCGCGCGUGCCCUGCCCUCUCCCCCUCCCUCCCGCCGGCUCCGGAGCAAGGGGCCGGCGGCGGUUGUCGUGAGCCGAAGUGCGGCGCAACGGUCGCAGGGGGCCGGAGACAGUCUCACUAUAUGAUUCUAGACAUCACCAGACUGAUCAUGCUGUCUCUCUGACUUAAGGACCCACCCUCUGAUGUCUUCCAGCAGCUGGUACUCUCGGUCCCCCUCCCUGAACGACCGAUUGACGGUGCUUCCCUGACAGAAAGGACUGUGUCUGCAUGCUGAAGAAAAUGGGUGAAGCUGUUGCCAGAGUUGCCAGGAAGGUGAAUGAGACGGUGGAAAACGACUCAGAUACUUUGGAACUCUACCUGGAGGGAAACGCCUUAUACAAGCUUCCGGAUGAAGUUAGCUCCCUACAUCGCCUCAAGAUAAUUAAUUUGUCCCGGAAUCAGUUCCGAGACUUCCCAGAGAAGCUCACUGCCCUGCUGGCCCUUGAGACCAUCAACCUAGAAGAGAAUUUCAUUGUGGAUGUCCCUGUGGAGAAGCUGGACGCCAUGCCGUCCCUGAAGUGUGUGAACCUCCGGCUCAACCCUCUGAACCCAGAGGUGCGCGUGAUUGCCAAGCCGCUCAUCAGCACCAUCCAACCGUGGGUUCCAGGUAGAAUAUGGCAUGCCCAAUUCCAUGCACAGGCUUUCUGCAUCCUACCCCCGUCUAGGCACAAGGGCGUGACCUUUUGUCUCCACACUCCACUUGGGAAGAUUUACCUAUGCAAAGUGAAAUUCCUUCCUUGCUCACUUCUGAAGCCUUUGCUUUAAAAACAAACAAAAAAAAAUGUGUGACCUGAAAUGUGCUUGCUUAGUUUUGGGUUUGAAAUAAAGGACAUGCUGAUUUCA